AUGGCAGAGGAGGAGGACCCAGAGAGGUCAGGAUGGCUAACAGGAUGGCCUCCCACUUGGUGUCCAAUGUCUUUGUCCCUGCUAAAAGAAGCUGAGGAAAAGAUCUUAAAAUGUGUGCCCUGUUCAUACAAAAAAGAACCUGUUUAUAUAUCUAAUGGAAAUAAAAUAUGGACACUAAAAUUCUCUCAGGAUAUUGUACAUAAGACUCCGCUUGUCCUCCUCCAUGGCUUUGGAGGUGGUGUUGGACUCUGGGCUCUCAACUUUGGAGAUCUUUGUGAAAAUAGACCUGUGUAUGCUUUGGACCUGCUGGGAUUUGGACGGAGUAGUAGACCCCAGUUUGGUAGUGAUGCCACAGAAGCCAAGGACAAGUUUGUGUAAACAAUUGAAGAAUGGAGGUGUGCCCUGGGUUUGGAUGCAGUGAUCAUGCUGGGACACAAUCUGGGUGGAUUCUUGGCUGCUGUGUAUUCACUGAAGUAUCCAUCAAGGGUGAAGCACCUUAUCUUAGUGGAGCCCUGGGGCUUUCCAGAGAGACCUGAUAGUGCUGAUCAAAACAGGCCAAUUCCAGAGUGGAUCAAAGCCUUGGGAGCUGUACUGACCCCUUUUAAUCCCUUAGCCGGCCUCAGAAUUGUAGGACCGUUUGGCUUAAGCCUUGUGCAACGUCUAAGGCCUGAUUUUAAGAGAAAGUAUGCUUCAAUGUUUGAAGAUGAUACUGUGACAGAAUAUAUCUACCACUGUAAUGUACAGACACCCAGUGGUGAAACUGCCUUUAGAAAUAUGACUAUUCCUUAUGGAUGGGCAAAAAGACCAAGGAUCAUGCGGAUUGGGAAGAUGGACCCAGACAUUCCGAUUUCCGUCAUCUAUGGAGCCCAAUCUUGCAUAGAUGGCAAUUCUGGCAACACCAUCCAGUCCCUAAGGCCACAUUCGUAUGUGAAGACUAUAUCUAUCCCUGGUGCUGGACAUUAUGUCUAUGCUGACCAACCAGAAGAAUUCAACCAAAAAGUAAAGGAGAUUUGUGAUUCUGUGGACUGUCCCCAGUCAGAUCUCGAUGGACAAGCCUGGUGA